GUUUUCAUGUGACGUCAAUCAAUCAACAUGGUGAAUACAAGUUCCUGUUAGGCCUUCGACCCUAGAUAUACAGUGGCGACAGAAAAAGAGACGACAAAUCUCCUGUGGACUGACGAUUGAAAAGUCAUUGUUGGGUUGGUGAGUUCAGCUGUAGACCGUUGAUGCUCUGAGGGUGACUCGGGCGUGGUCGGAUGGGGGCGGGAGCCGUGGGCGGCCAGCAGCAUCCAGGGACAGUUGUCAACGGUCAAGAAAUUUUGUCAAAGACCAUGGCCUGUGAGUCAUGUGCUACGGAGUUCACAAUCUUCAAACGGAAGAAAAUGUGCAGAGAUUGUAAACGUCAAUUUUGCUCAACUUGUCUGCCAAAAGAGGCAAAUAAACGUGAUAGACAAUGUCAAAAGUGCCGAAUUAUUGUCUCUGGGAACUUUAGCCGCCAAAUCUUGCAAGAGUGGAAGGUCAAGGACAUGAGAUGUUUCCUUGACAGCCACAACAUUCCAACCAAUAUGUGCCGUGAAAAACAUGACCUCAUUGACCUUGUGAUACGCCACUACAGCCGAGGAUCUGUUUCAAACUCAGAGGCUGAGCAUGAAAGACUGGUGCAGCAGUUGGUGGAGCGGAUGAGAGAAGACAGUGUCCCCGAUGUGCCCCCGACAGACACACAGAGAGACAGUGUCCCGUCUCCAGAGGAACCCAUGCAGGAGUCGCCAACGUUAGACCGAGUCCCACGUAUGAGGCUUGAAAAUAUUGCCUCCGUGGAGGAAGUCGACACACUGACGGUCAGGCAACUCAAAGAGGUCCUUGCAAACAACUUUGUCGAUUACAAGGGGUGUUGUGAAAAGACGGAACUCACUGAUAGAGUGAAGCGGCUGUGGAAUGAAGAACAGUCCAACAAAGACAAAGCUGAAAAGAUGAGAGAGAAUGCAGAUAAAUUAACAGGGACAACCACCAGUUCUGAGCAGGACCUGUGUAAGAUAUGCAUGGACAAUACUAUAGACUGUGUUCUACUGGAGUGUGGUCACAUGAUCACGUGCACAUCCUGCGGCAAGCGCCUCGCCGAGUGCCCCAUGUGCCGACAGUACGUGGUGCGCGUUGUUCACACGUUCCGGUCAUAGCCCUCGUCGCGGUUCCGGUCACAGCACAACCCUCAUCAUCAGCCAGUCAUCUCUUGUCAACCUUCAUCAACUAUUUUUAUAAUGUAUGACAAAUAUUUUCUUUCUUUACAUUUAUAAGCAAGCUAUUUGUGUGAAUUGAGUUAUCAAAGGAUAUUUUUUUGUGAAGUACGUGUAGUAAUGAAAAUGCAUGGCAUUUAAGGAUUUUAGAAUGUGUGUACGAAAUGCUUCAUCGGGAGAUGAAAAACGGACAUUUGUUUUUUCAUAAUUCUACUCGUUGACAUGAUGAAAGUAUUGCUGCGUCAAUAUUUUGAGUAUUUAUUUAUUUUGUUUAUGAGAGCAAAGACACAUGCAACCCUUGUCAAACAUGUGCUAGCCAUCAUGUCCAUUCUCGGCAACUCGGUGCAAUCAUAAUCUUCACAUCUUGAAGACAAUUAAGGCAUCCAAGGCCCCACAAUUCACUCUGCAGAGCGGUGCCUGAAUCUGACGAUUGUGAGUUUAGAUCCCAGAUAUGUCCUGAUUAUGGUUUGUAAGCACCAACCCAUUAGUCAAGGGGGCACGGGUGGCCCAGUCGUCUAAGGCGCCUCGAUUCGCUGUGCAGAGUUGCAUUCCUUGGGCACACCAGAAACCUAUUAUUGUGGGUUCGAAUCCCGUUUCGCUCUGAUUAUGU